AUUCUCCUCUGCAGCAUGCUGGCAGGGGACAGGCUUCUCUGCUGUGGCUGCUUUUCGCACAGAUCAAGAUUCUCCUCUGCAGCGUGCUGGCAGGGGACAGGCUUCUCUGCUGUGGCUGCUUUCCGCACGGAUCAAGAUUCUCCUCUGCAGCAUGCUGGCAGGGGACAGGCUUCUCUGCUGUGGCUGCUUUCCGCACAGAACAAGAUUCUCCUCUGCAGCAUGCUGGCAGGGGACAGGCUUCUCUGCUGUGGCUGCUUUCCGCACAGAUCAAGAUUCUCCUCUGCAGCUUGCUGGCAGGGGACAGGCUUCUCUGCUGUGGCUGCUUUCCACACACAGAUCAAGAUUCUCCUCUGCAGCGUGCUGGCAGGGGACAGGCUUCUCUGCUGUGGCUGCUUUCAGCACAGAUCAAGAUUCUCCUCUGCAGCGUGCUGGCAGGGGACAGGCUUCUCUGCUGUGGCUGCUUUCUUAAAGCAGUCUGCACACCUCCUUGUUUUGAUGCACUCGGCUUGCUUUUUAGCUGAUUCUUCAAUCGGUCUUCACCACAACCGGCUGUAUACUUUAGUCUCCAGACAUGAUGCAGAUCUGUCCAUUGAAGGCGAAAGCCGCCAUCUCCCAGCUCUCCUAGAGCCCCUCAGUCCCCCCCCCCCCCUGGGAUGGAGCGACAGCAAGAGGCAGAAGGGGAGGGGGAUCGUUGCACCCUUCUUGAUGACUUUAUGGCGAAACCGAUGGGUGGAAUACCGAUCGGUCAGAACCAGGAACGGCGUCCCUUCAUCAAGGCGAAUGCCUUUCACUUCAAGUCCGCAGAGCCGCGCCAUUUACAGAGUUCUGCUACAUCUUCUUUUCCAUGUUGGGGAACUUUUCUGCCAAGUUUAUAGAAGAGAGCGGAUGAAAUAUUUUUCUUCUUUUUCCUUUUUUUUAUAAAUCUCAGAAUUUAUUGUGUGGCAUUCGUGGAUUAUGAAGAUUGGAUGUUUGAUUUGGACACCCCUCCCCCGUUCUGUUUUUACUUUUUUUUCUUUUUUGUUCCUGGCACUAGAGAUUAAAUUUAUUCCUCAAAGAUUU